UCGAAGGUAAAAAAGCUGGCUCAGGGAGCCGACAGUCACAACAAAAGGCGCCCACAACGGUUUAAGGGAACUGGUAAUCAUGAAGUGGACAAUUUUAGCAAGUUCUGGUGUUCUCGGUGCCGCUAUCUGCAGUUGUACUGCGAAGACUUUGUUAGCUGACAAUGACCCGACAAUCCGCGAAGACGUUUCGCAAAAUCAAAGUACGGAACACACAUUGACUUUGAAACAAGCACAAGUCUUCUUCAGACAUGGUGCUCGGACAACCAUACACACGAUCCCAAAAUUAGACGAGGCUGUCUAUGAUGCUAAUAUAUUGAGACAUUUAAUCCCACAUACAGCCUUCGACCUCGACAUGGUUGACCUUGUAACAGGGGGACCAAAGAAAAAAUCGCACCUUGAUGAUCACUACGCAAAAAAGAAGUUGUCGGGUGGCUGUGUGGCAGGACAGCUGACUACAGUAGGACAACAGCAGUGCUUUUUACUGGGACAGAAACUCAAGGAAGAAUACAUAUACAAAGCAAAGCUCAUCACAGAAGAUUUUGAUCCCAGCAGAGUUUUGGGUCGGUCAACAAAUGUCCAAAGGACAAUAGAAAGUUUACGAUGUGUUAUGGCUGGAAUGUUUGGUGUUCAAAAUCUACGGAAAAUAGCUCCUGUGAAGGUGUAUGUUGCUGAUUCAAAAGAUGAAGUCCUAUUUCCUAACAUUCAACGUUGUCAUGUAUUAAAACAAAACAACCACUCAGUGCUAUUUCACAUUGCUGAUAAACCUGAAUAUCUGCCAUACAGACACGAGCUGGAGAAAGUUUUUGGUGUAAAUUUUAAAGAUCAUGUAGGAUUAAAUUUUGUUGGUAUUCGUGAUGAUUUAGUAGCACGUAAGGCCCAUGGUCUACCAGUGCCUCCCUAUGCCUUGCCUCUAUGGGACAUGAUAGAACUAAUGGCUAGCAAGAUGAUGUAUGCUACAUUUUGUGGUCAGCACAAAGCAGAGCGUCAUUUGAUUACGAGACUAUCAACUGGACCCCUUAUGACCUACGUGAUGGAUAAUAUACGAGACCUUGAGGAAAAUAAACGGGAUGCUAAGAAGCUGUUCCUGUUCGCAACACAUGACUCCACGAUAGUUGGGAUGCUAGGGCUGCUGGGUAUAUGGGAUGAACAAUGGCCGCCCUACUCAGUAGAUCUGCGAUUUGAACUGUAUGAAAAUGAAAAAAAUGAAAAGUUUAUUCAAGUUCUCUAUAAAGGAAAGCCAAUGAAAGUUCGGGGAUGUGACUCAACGUUAUGUUCCUUAAAACAGUUCAGACAAGCCAUGAAACCUUUCAUGAUACGUGAAAAAGAGUUUCACUCGAUCUGUAAUUCUGAUAUACUUGAACAAAUUGAUAAAGAAAUCAAAGAGGAGGAGAAAGGUGAAAUUCAGACUGAGGAGGUUCGGGAGCAAUCAGAAACACCAGCAGGAAUGUGAUGUCUGGACAUUUUAACAGUACAAUCAAUUUGUCUUUCACAUAUCACUUAUAGUGUGAUUGGGUCCCUAUGGUUUUCAGGGAAUCAUGAUCAUAAGAGCCCGUCCUCCCUAGUCAGUGGGGACACUCCUGAUAUUAUCAUGACUAUUCUCCACCUUUUUUAACUUAUAUAAAACCUGAUUGUUAUGACUGGUAUACUGUAAAUGAACACAUCUUAGUGAUAAUCUUAUUUUAACGCUUUUCCUGGCGACAAAAAAAUUGCUAAAUUGUGAUUCCUGUGGCAAUUAUUUUUGGUGUGCUAAUUCAUUGUUCCGAUAACUUGUUUAAAUUCAUAAAUUCAACAAUACAUUAAACUUUGAGUCUGCUAAAAUAUGUUUGUCUACAGUAUAGCAAUUUUAAUUAUGAGGUGGAAUUUGGUUCGCAAUCUGUUAUUUGCAAAGAUUAAUUGAAAAGUCUUCAGACAUUUACAAUGAAAGUGUUCAUUUUGCUCCUUUAUAAUUAACAAGAAGUGCUUUAUUUAAUAGUGAAGUAAUUAUAUAAAUAUUAUUGAUUUCAACCAAAAUAGGGGUUAACUUUAAUUUACCAUAAUUUAUGUGUUUAGUUGAAAUCAACAUUGAGUCUUCAUUGUGUCUGUCUUUCUAGUCAGUAUUAUACAUAUCAAAAAUUCAAAUAUUUUAAACUAACAAAAUAUGUUGUAGAAUGUACCAUAUAAUUUAUAUUACACAUUGUACAUAAUAUAUGUAAUCUUAAUGAUUACAUUUUUACCAGUGAAAUAUCGAAAAUUAUUCAUUCUCUAAAUGCAAUAUUUUUCACUAGUAAAAAAAAUUUCACUUUUGAUUUGACCAAUCAGAACACUGCUUACAAACGACAAUGCGGAAAAUUAAGAUUUGCAUAUAGCUUUUCUUCAUAUUAUAUGACAUCAUAAUUCAUGAUAGAAUACAUAACGUCACUAUUUGGGGUACAUUUGUGAGCUGUUGACAGGUGACAGUAAUGAAUUCUGGGAGAGACUGAGCGGCCUCAGUAUAUUCUGCAAUAAACAGAAUCUUCAGUAAUACACUGCCCUCCAAAAGUUCUGUUACACUUGGAACGUUUAAAUCGAAUGGCUAGCCAACAAAAUUUGCAAAAAAGUGUUGUAAUAUCCGUAAGAUAGUCCAUUUGUAAGUGACGAUUGCAAAUUAUUUGAAAAAUACCUCAUUUCUUUGAAUUUGCAGGGAAAGGGAAUGGAGGGUCUUAUUUUCCAUAAUGUUCAAAAAUGAAUAAAAAUAAGUUGUUUCUUUCACUGACACAGAUAAAUUUGUUUAACAGAUUAACAGUUAAAAAAAAGUAAGAAAUGCAUUUUUGAAAUUUAUAUUAAACAAAGAGGAAAAUUUCCAGAAUGUUGCUUUUAGAGGAUUUCCAUUGUAACAAAACAUAUGCACUGUUGAAAAAUGAACAUUAGAAAUCAUGAACAAAAACAUCCUAAGAAGUUAUGAUUCUAACAAAUUGUAAUAAAGACUUUGAGAUUAACUUUGCUGUAUUUUACGUAAUAAUUGUAACAGGACUUUUGGAGGGCAGUGUAUAUUUCACUCAUGUGGCUAAUAUUUAUAUUUUUCAUGCGUGCUCGUGAAAUAUAUUUGAUAUUAUUGAAGACACUGUUUUAUAUCCUCCAUAUAUUCUGUUUUUUAACUUAUAAUAUUUGUCUCCAGCGUAAUUUUGUCAGGAAAUGGUAGCACAAGUUAUUCCAAUUGUUACCAGAUAUUAAAAACAUGCAUGUAGAGAAUCGUUAAAAUUUGUACAUUUUCUUUAGUAUUAGCUGUUAUCAUUGAGAUAUUCAUGUCAACUCUUCAUAAUUUAAGCCUGCCUUUACCUGUAUAAUCUUGAUAUUUCAAGGUCUUGUUAUUGAUUUUAUGAAUAUUCAUCAGAUGAACACCAAUAUGGUGUGAGUUACAGUCUGUGGGCUGCGGUGGCAAAGUGGUUAAGGUAUCCCGACACUUUAACACUAGCCCUCCACCACUAGGUUGCGAGUUCGAAACCUACGUGGGGCAGUUGCCAGGUACUGACCAUAGGCCGGUGGUUUUUCUCCAGGUACUCCGGCUUUCCUCCACCUCCAAAACCUGGCACGUCCUUAAAUGACCCUGGCUGUUAAUAGGACGUUAAACAAAAACAAACCAAACCAAACCUUUGGAACUUUUUAUAUCCUUGUUGUACUAUAUACAUUCUUAAUGUCAUUUACGACUGAAUUUUGUUAUCACUAUUUCUCAGUACAAAAGGGAUCUUUCUAAAAUUUCAUAUGUAGGUUCCCUUUGGUCCCUAGUUAUGCAGGCAGUCAUCUUGUAUUUUGACAAUUGAAGUUUGUUAUCGCUAUAUUUCAGAAAGUACUUAAGGGAUCUUUCUCAAAUUUCAUAUGUAGAUUCCCCUUGGUCCCUUAUGAUGCAUUCAGCAUUUUUGGACCAGUCAGAAAACAAAAUCGCCAGUAGUUCAUAUGUUCAUUUCCUUUGGUCCCUAGUUGUACAUAUUGCAUUCUGGGACCGAUCAGAAAACAACAUGGCUGAUUGGUGGCCAUCUUGGAUUUUGACAAUGGCAGGUUACUCCUGCCAUAUCGUGUUUUAUAAAGUUAUUAAACGUUUUGAAAGAAGAGUGAAAGAAGGAAUAAGAAGAGAAAAGAUUGCUCUUUCAUUUGACCGAUAUGGAUCAUUCAGUGGUGGGCACAAAGAUCCCUCUUUGAUCUCUUCUUUAUUUAACACUAUAACAGUCAAAAAGUAACUGACAUGUCCUCCAUUGUAGCCUAAACAUAUAAUACCAAUGUUCACCAGUACCAGGACUAAAUUUGUGAAGUCUUUGCUGGUCGACAAUCAGGGAAUGUCUUUGUUGUACACAUUAGGUUAUUUGAUUGUGCAGGUAGAUCUUAGAACAGGGGGGGGGGGGGGGAUUAGUCGACAGGCAUAGUUUGUACUACAACUUUACCAGCCUUCUCCAUGAGUAGUUAGGUAUACACCAGUCACGUAUUUGCCUAUAGAGCCAUUUUACCAGUCUUUUCCCCAAAUAUUGACCUGCAAGUAUACACCAGUAUUGUCACGUAUCGGCCUAGUACAAUCUAUUAGGUUUGGUUUUGUUAAGUGGAAAUUAAUAAAUACCUGGGCCCAGUUGUUCAAAAGGUGAUUAGCUUAAUCACUUGAUUAGUGAAAAUUUCAUUACUCAUUUAUUGAAAAAUCUGUGAGUAUAUCGUCUUGAAAUAAUGCCAGUUGGAAGAGAACUAAGAAUUACAGAAUUUCAUAAAGUUUUUUGUCAGAUUAGUUCUACCAGAAAUUAUUAUAUAUUUGAAAAAUAUUGUUAAAAUGUGAUUAGCCUAAUCACCUUUUGAACAACUGGGCCCUGGUGUAUAUAUUAUUACCAUGUAAAUGACAUCAUGUAUCUAUAGAUGGAAUUACAGGCAUCUGGUUAGUAAUGAUAGAACAAAAAAAAUAAUGGCCCCUAUUACUACUGUAUUAAUAUAUGUUGUAUCAAUAUAAACAGUGGAGAAGAAUGGAUCAAUAUAAACAGUGGAGAAGAAGGCUAACAUUUUUUGUAGAUACUUAUCAGAUCUGUGAAUGGAAUGAUGUGUCAGUACAUUGAAGUUUACAAAGUUAAAAAAAAUACCUGAUCAAUUUAUCUUAUUUGAAUAACUUGUUUUGUUAUGAUUUAACAAUAGAAUACUGUAAAUAAAAUAGAUACUUAAUGAACA